AUGGCAUCCUUCAACUACGCCAAAAUCCCAAUAGACUCCACUACCAGCGAAAUCCGCCUCCUAGACUUACACCCUACAUCUCCCCUCAACAAUCCCCUCCCCAACUCCCCACUAGUCCAUUGCACCCUGCGAAAAGCAGCCUUACACGACACCCCUUCCUUCCACGCCCUAUCCUACGUCUGGGGCAACGAGAAAGACAGAGGUCUAAUCAGCCUGCAAGCAGACGGCGAACAAGAUGCAACCACCGUCUCCGUAACGGCGAACCUCCAGUCCGCUCUUCUCCACCUGCAACAUCCUACAGAUAAACUCACGCUCUGGGUUGACGCAGUUUGUAUCGACCAGUCCAACGUGCCGGAGAAGAACCUCCAGGUGCAAAUGAUGAAGGAUAUUUACGAGGGGGCUGCGCGGGUGGUGGUGUGGCUUGGGGCUGAAGCUGAUGGUAGUGGGGAUGCGUUUCGGAUUCUGAGAAAGCUGGGGGAGGGGAGACAGGCGGAGGAUGCGCUUGCGUAUCGUGACGCGCAUCGUAGUAUGGAACAGCCGCCCUCGGGGUAUGUUCGGUUUCGGACGUUUUGCAGGGAAGAGGCGGCGAGGCUGCCGCUGGGGUUCAAUAUGCAGGCCAUUCACAAGCUGACGCUGCGGCCGUGGUGGCAGCGCAUCUGGGUUGUGCAAGAGCUGGCGCUCGCGCGGGACGUGGUCUUUGUGUGUGGAGGGGAGAGUCUGGCUGGGCGAGCGCUGCAGGCUGCCUCGCUGGUGCUUUCUUUCGUAGUUAUGGAGUUUGUGGAGAUCGGGGAGCCUACGCGUGAGGACUAUGUGACGAAGUCUGAGAAGGUGUAUCAGUAUGCGAAUAUUGUGACUAAUAUUCCUGAUUCGGCGAUGGGGCGGAUGUUAGGACUCCGACGGCGCUAUCAACUGGAGACAACGACGGCUAGAGAGACGCUUCUUGAUCUUCUGUUCAGGACUACGGUUGUGCACUCUUCGCCCGACAAUUUUAAAGCUACGAUGGCGCGGGAUAGGAUCUACGGACUGCUCGGUAUGGCUGAGGAUACAGGUAGACUGCAAAUCAUACCGGAUUAUCGAAAGACUACAACGACAGAAACAGUCUUUACCGACGUUGCAUACGCUCUUCUCAGAAACGGGUUUUCAGAGAUAUUCUCGCUUUGCCAGUCACCCAAGAAACUCGAAGGCUUGCCCAGCUGGGUUCCCGACUGGACAGCUCAAAUUAGGACUCCGAUCGGCGGCCGAGCUCCACAGCUAAAGUACCAUGCGGCAGGUAAAACCGGCCUCUAUAUGUCUUCCAAAGCAGACUCAAAGAAUACACUGUCCGUCAAAGGUGUACAAGUCGACACUAUCUACGAAGUAGGCACACCCUGGCUCCCAAGUCUGGAAAACUACCAAUUCGAAUGGGAAACGCUAACAGCAUUCCUCGACGACAUCAAACGUCUCUGCGCCUACUCCGACCAUAUAAACAGCAGCAUCUACACUGACCCCCAGCAGCGGCAAGAAGCACACUGGCGCGUACCCACCGCAGAUCAAGUCAUCGCCACAGACUACGAUCCAAACCCCGUCCGUUCAUCCAAGGCUGGCACUGAGCUUCACUCCGCUUACCAAGAGGUUCUCGUCUAUCUUUCGCAUUGGAGGAAGGUAGGCUCGGUUCCGGAUGCGGUAAGCAGGUACAUGCGUGUGAUGGGCAGUCUGUUUGAUCGACGGCCCUUUGUUACGACGCAAGGCUUCAUUGGCCUUGGACCUUCGUGUGCGGAGCCUGGAGAUGAGGUUUAUAUCUUUAUGGGAGCGCAAGUGCUCUUUGUGAUGCGGAGGUGCGGCGAGAAUGCGGUUAAACUACUUGGAGAAGCGUAUGUGCAUGGCAUUAUGGAUGGAGAGUUGUUGAAUACGGACUUUGUAGAGUGUUGUCUGCAGAUUGUGUGA